AUGUGCUGUAAAGUUAAAAGCGGCUACACAAAACUACUAGAUACUAUAAAACGACCGCCAGGAAGAUCUAUAGUUAUACUACGUGGACGACGGUCACGCCGAGGUGGUUCGAUAGGCGGGGAGGUGCCGCCCAAGGUCGGUCGGGGCUGUCGGCGCGCGGCCGAGCGAGCCACCGCACGCCCCAUGCUGCCCGGAGCACUCGCGCCAUUAGAUCCUCACAAAACGCGCGCACUUACUACUAUCUACGCGCCCCAUAAAUUCAAAACCAGAAAAAAUAUAACCGCGCAAUCGAGGAUGCUCGACAAUGACGUCCAAGUUAAAUCAACACUCUCUCCUUUCCACCCACUUCCCGCGAUCGGACAGAAGCUGGAGAGAUCGAAAACCAAAGUUAUUGUAUUCGAUCUCAAUAAAAGCGAAACAGUUGCCCUCAGAGAACGCUCAGUCAAGAUACACGACGUACUUAAACCAUUAACACCUCUCCGAAUACAUGGGUUCAAAAGAAAGAGUUCAGUGGAAACGAUAGAAGCAAAGAAACCGCAGCAGCUGAUUAGAGAAAAUACAUAUGACGUGAUAAAACCAGUGUACGUGAACGCAGCGAAAGUGAUAAAGCAAAAUACAUUUAUUACAGAGAAAACGACGUCGUCAAACCAUACAAAGAAAUUGGAUGAAGCGCCAAAACUUUCCCCAAAGACAAGGUUUAAAAAAGCUGCGUUGGAAGUGGCGAAGCUAUCCUCAACGCCGGAGACAGGCAAACUGUUGUGUUUGAGGGAGAAACAGACACUUAAUGUCAUUACGAGCGAAGUUGGUGAUAAAUGCUUAUGGAAAUUACAACAGCUGCCCCAAACCCCGCCGCAAAACCUGGACCAGCUUUCAGAGAUUUUUCAAACGCUAGACAUGAAGGGACGACACAGAGAUAAAAUGAAAAAGGAGAACAGUUGGUUUUAA